CGGUCGCCUCGCUCCUCGCACUUUGCUUUUCCAAAGGCACACACAAAAUCCACGCGUGAAUCUUUCACCCGACAUAUAACAGUCGUUUCGAAAACUCGACAAACGCCGACGAUAUUUUCGCCCAAUGUUACACCGUGCUGUAGUCGAAAAAAUUUUCCUACUCAGCAAACGAUAUAUUAUUAUUCUUCGUGUAGGGUAAGCUUUUAAAUCGAGAGUGUAGUUUAGUUUAUGCUGUAUAAAUUUAAUCGAGUUAAUUGUAUAUCGACUCGAAGCAUUUAGCUGAGCCAAACAUGGAUACCGUUCGCGAGAGAAGCUUUUUCUCUAUUUACCUGCGAUUUUUUUCUUCCGUUUCGUGUUCAGAGUGAUUUAACAUUGUGCGGUGUUGGUGUCCGUGCGCGAUAUUUUCAAUGGCCCAGGAGCACGUGCUAAUAUCAGGAUGUCAUUGUUACUGCAGGCAGUGUUGCAGUCACUUCCAAUGAACUCGGACCUUUCCCCAUAGAUGGCAUAUCAACAAACCAUGAUUGAAGAUACAGGACCACGAGCCACGCUAGCAAUGUCAUAUCCUUUAGAAAAACUCGAAUCGAAUGUAGCCCAAACAUGGAGCUCAUUGGAAAUCCUAUCACAAGACUUUGCACAAAUGUGGGACCAAAUAGAAAAACUAGAAUCGAUCAUGUCUCUUCAAAGACAAAUCAUAUCAACAGUAGAUGGAUCAUCAUUUGAGAUGCCUGAAAGUGAACAUUACCAUGUGGUGCAUUUCAAAGGAGCUCACGAAGAUCACUCGUUCCUCUACAACAUUCCUAUCACAGAAGCUGAUACCAACUCGUGGAGUGAUUUCUUCAGCAUGCCGAACGAAUCAGAAAAACUUGACGAGACUGUAAGAACCGAAGAAAAAGAAAAAGAGUUCUCAGAUCAGGAUAGAAACAAUCUAAAUAAAGAUAUUCCCAUCAUCAAGUUCCAAACUUACUGCGAUGAUGGUACAGAAUAUGAGAAAAACAUAGAGAAAAUUUCAGUUGAAAAUAAAUUGGAUUAUUCCGGCAGUGAAAAUGACUUGAAUACGUUCGAUGAUCAGAGUUUCUCAUUCAGAACUCACGAUAGUGGCGAUUCAUAUAAAUCAAAAAUCUACCAGUCUAACGAAAGCGUUUACAAAUCGAAGAGUGAACUUCAAGAAAUCCAAAGUCAACGUUCGUUUCCAGAUUCGUAUACAGAUAGUAAAAGUGAAGACUAUUAUUUUAGUCCUACAGAAGGCAUCGGCAAGUCUUCCGAUUUACGUCUCAGAUCUCAAUCUUGGCUAGGUCUUGAUAAUAAAAGAGAAGAAUUCCCUAGCAAGUACUACUCUCCUCAACCUCAGCGCAAAUUUCCUCCUAGUCAAAGCUACCAAAGAAUGCCUGGAAAAGUUGGAGCAUCGUGUCCGGUGUUGGAUUCAUCUAAUCCAGAUUUGUACAUGGCUAGUUACGAGUUUGAAAAACAGAAAUUCUUAUCAGAAAACAGAUAUAAUCCUUUUCUGGGAGAUGAACAGCUUGGUAAUUACGCUCCAGAAAGUCUAAUGGCUUCUAAUUUCAUUAUCAAGCCGAAUGAAUUAGAUGAACCAAUUGGUGUUGAGGAUUUUGAUAACAUUAUCGACGCCUUUAUUCAAUACCAUACUGAACCAGCAACUCCUGAGAGUCCUCCUCCUCCUGCUCCUCAAGAUUCACAUUCUGAUAUUUAUGGAGAUUCUUAUAGACAAAGUUAUUAUAAUUUGAAUGAUCUGUAUGAAAGCGAUUAUUAUGAAAUGCCUAAUCAGUAUAUGGAUCCAGAGUUCGAGUAUGUUGAGAAUAUUGGUUCUGCUAGGAUAAAGAAAAUACCAUCGAGUAGAGCUUCACAGCUAGAAGACUUGGAGUAUAAUACGGAUUCAGAAACUGAAGAUUUGAUCUCAAAAGUAGAUUACUUGUACGAAAGGGAAAAAUUUCUGAGCCCUCGACGUACUGAAUUUGGAUACUCGAGUACUUCGGACAUGUACUCUGGCUACUUUGGUCAAAAUAGAAACCAAAUUGAAUCCAGUCAUUUAGAAGAUGUUAAUAGAAUCCUAGAAGAGAUCAAUACCCAGCAGAACUACCUGUCGAAUAUUCGAGCCAGUGAAGCAUACUCUUCCAAAUCUUGGAUACCAAAUGAAUCCAAGCAUUACAAUUCACAAGUUAUCUCAACAGCCAGUAUACGAUCAUCUCUACUCCAUUCUCCUUCUCGCUUUUCUAAUAACCAAUUAGCUGAAGAUGCUGAAUUUGAGAAAAUAUACAAAGAGCAUCAAGAAGAAUACCUUUACACAGUUCAAAAUCGUAUCUAUGAUAGACGAACUGAACCAUUCAAUGAAUCAGUACCAGCUACCACAUCUGAACUUCCCAAAACCAUUCAAGCAGCCAGAUGUGAAACCCUAGAACCUCAAAAGACACCUUCAAUCUACUCCAUGGCUGGCAAUCGUGACCAGUAUACUUCCAUUUAUACAGCAGGAGUGCCCAAAUAUGACCAACCUCGAAACAGGACCCCUGAUUUAAUCAUAUCUGAUUCUAAACCCAGUAUGCCAAGAAUAGAACCAAAACCUGAGCCAAAACGUGAUGAAAGAUUUGAUCCCAUGGUUCGCCAAAGAAGUGAAUCUUCAGCUUCAGUUCGAGGUGCAGUGCAACGUGAUCCUCAACCUGCCCAGUCGAGGUACUGGGGCAGUAAUGCAGAUGUUCAGUAUCCUGGACAGAAAUAUUAUGAAAGCCCUCAACGUAAAUUCACAGAUAAGAGGAAACUGCAACAGCAACCCCAGGAUAAGAAAAGUCGCAGAGGCACAUUGAAAUCAGCUUUUAGCACUGUUGGUCAUUCGGUUUCACAUUGGAUCCCUAAUUUCCAUUUGGCUCAAAGACGUCACUCAUUUCCAACAGCAGAUGCUUUAAAAGACUUGGAAGAGAAGCCAGGUGGUACACCGAAGAAGAAAAAGAACUCAAUUAUAUCGAUGAUGACUGGUAUAUUUCACAAAGCUCACCAUAAAUCUAGUCUACACUCGUCAACUUCUGAUUCAGAAUGUGAUCAUAGAGAUAUGUGGAUGAGUGGUCGAGGUACACCUCAAUCCCAAGCUUACUCCGAAGACUGGGGUAGAUACAAUAAACCCAGAGGUCCCCCCAAAGACCAAUGGAGCAGCUCUUAUGAAAAUGAUAACGAAGACGUCUUUGUUGACAAUAACCAAUACCUGAACAGGUACCCGGAUCUGACAGCUACUACCAGUAUGAAACCCAAACCUCAUCCUAGUCAUCCUAAACCAUCUGAAGAACCACCUGCAACACCAGCAGCUGAAAAAAGACGCACCAAUUACGAAUCAACCACCGAACAGCAGAGCAGCAGUAAAGAAACAGAAGAUGAGACUGAGCCAAUUAAAGAAUACGAUUACGAAGGCGCUGUCACUGCCACAGCCUCAGAAUCCUCUCUGUUGGACAUGAAACUUGAGCAAACACCAGGAACUACAUACGAAUUCCCUAAAAAUCCUGUCAUAUCAAUAGACAGUGUUGAUGAGAAUGUUGAAAUCAGUGAGAUCGAAGAAGACAUCACUGAAAUGCGAGAUGACAUCAGGUCAUCUCCAUCACGCAAUAAACAUCUUCCUAAGCAAUUUAGCUUAGAUGUAUCUCAAGCUUCUCAAGAUGACUACAAGGAUGACAGCAAAAGCAACCAUUCAUGGUGCAGCACCAUGUCCAAAACAUCAUCUAGACGUCAAAGCACAGAAGAAAGCAUAGAUACAGAAGAUGAAUGGUAUAUGUAUGAAUUUCGUCGCAUCGAAAACCUAGAAAGACAACACAUCACUAAUAGCAACACUGAAAAAGACUCAACUCCUCCAGUAUUUGAGGUAGAUAUACGCGAACCUGAAAUGGAAACUGUCAGUGAAGAAGAAGAAUCUAAAUUAGAAUCGACCAUCGCCGAAACUGAACCUGAACCAAAAAAAGAUGAAAGGCAUAUUCUUACCGUUAAAGAACCAGUUGAUAAUAUAAGCUCUGGUGAAACUAGUGGCCCUGAUAGUCCUCAAGGGGACGAUACUUUCAUCAAUGAAGUAGAAGAAGACAAACAAGAGGAAGAGACAGAGGAGGAACAAGAAUCUCAACGAAUACAAAUACCAGAACGAGAUUCUGCAGAAGAAGAGGAAGGAGAAAAAGACAGACGUCACGAAUACGAAUACGACGAUCAACAAGAAGAAGAAGAACAACAACAACAACUGCAAAAAGAAGAAGAGGAGCAGUAUGAAGAGUAUGAAGAGAGAUACCACGAUGAUGACCAAAUCGACCAGUUGGAAAAACCAGAAGAAGAAGAAGAAGGUGAACCUUCGGAUGAACAUAAAGAUCACGAUGACGAUCAAAUGGUCGAUGAUGAACAACUAGAGGCUCGUUCGAAAUCGCUGGAUAACGAAGAUGGCGAGAAAGUCAUCCCAGGUACUCCUUCGUUGCCUCGUUUCAAAUACGAAAAAGGCCAAGAAUCGCCUCACGCCAGCAAAGAAGAAAUAUCCAAAGAUGGCCUGGGAAGUAAGUGGAAGCUGCUGAAAGCUUUGAAGGAACGUAAAGCCGAAGAGAAAAGUAUCAAAGAAACAGAACCACCUCCUCCUGUCAGCAGAGGAGUCCUCGGCGAUAAUUCAAGAAGGGGGAAUGGGAAAAUCGGACUCAUAGCAUCGACCAGGAAGCUGGUGCGUAAAAUGCACCGUAAACAGAUGCCAAAACGACAUCCCGGAGACAAUCCGUUUUAUAGCAAUAUUGACAGCAUGCCUGAUAUUCGACCCAGGAGGAAAUCCAUUCCGCUUGUUUCCGAAUUGACAAUGGCUGCUACGAAAAGGAACGCUGGAUUGACCUCGGGUGUACCUCGACAGACAUUAAAUGACGAAGAACUGAAAAUGCACGUUUAUAAGAAAACACUACAAGCUCUGAUUUACCCGAUCUCAUCAACUACUCCGCAUAACUUCGUGUUAUGGACUGCUACCUCCCCAACGUACUGUUACGAGUGCGAAGGAUUAUUGUGGGGUAUCGCUAGACAAGGUGUUAGAUGUACAGAGUGUGGAGUCAAAUGCCACGAAAAAUGUAAAGAUCUCCUGAAUGCUGAUUGUUUACAACGUGCUGCUGAAAAAAGCUCUAAACACGGUGCCGAAGAUAAAGCAAAUAGCAUCAUUACUGCCAUGAAAGAUAGAAUGAAACAGAGAGAACAAGAUAAACCAGUGAUUUUCGAACUAAUUAGAUCCGUAUUCGCUGUCGACGAGACCACUUACGUAGGCCAUAUGAAAUCAGUCAAACAAUCUGUACUCGAUGGUACGAGUAAAUGGUCAGCGAAAAUCGCCAUCACAGUUAUUUGCGCUCAAGGUCUGAUAGCCAAAGAUAAAAGCGGUACAUCAGAUCCCUACGUUACCGUACAGGUUGGAAAAGUGAAAAAACGCACAAGAACAAUGCCUCAAGAAUUGAAUCCAGUCUGGAACGAAAAAUUCUACUUCGAAUGUCAUAAUUCAUCGGAUCGUAUAAAAGUUCGUGUAUGGGACGAAGAUAACGACUUGAAGUCUAAAUUAAGGCAAAAGUUGACCAGAGAAUCGGAUGACUUUUUGGGUCAGACAAUUAUCGAAGUACGAACCUUAUCCGGUGAGAUGGACGUGUGGUAUAAUUUAGAAAAACGUACCGAUAAAUCUGCCGUAUCUGGCGCUAUCAGAUUACACAUUAGUGUCGAAAUCAAGGGUGAAGAAAAGGUCGCUCCGUAUCAUAUUCAGUACACGUGUCUGCACGAAAACCUUUUUCAUUAUUUGUGCGAAGAGAACGGAGGUGCUGUGAGCUUACCUCAAGCUAAAGGCGACGAUGCUUGGAAAAUAUACUUUGAAACGCCUGCUCAAGAAAUUGUAGACGAGUUUGCGAUGAGAUACGGAAUCGAAUCUAUUUAUCAAGCGAUGACGCAUUUUCAUUGCUUAUCUACGAAAUAUUUAUGCCCCGGUGUUCCGGCUGUGAUGAGUACCUUAUUAGCCAAUAUAAACGCUUAUUACGCACACACGACGGCUACGACAGCCGUCAGCGCCAGCGAUAGAUUUGCAGCUUCCAAUUUCGGGAAAGAAAAAUUCGUCAAGUUAUUGGACCAGUUGCAUAAUUCGUUACGUAUCGAUAUGUCGAUGUAUAGAAAUAAUUUCCCGGCUUCCAGUCAAGAAAAACUUAUGGAUUUGAAGUCCACUGUUGAUCUCUUAACCAGUAUUACGUUCUUCAGGAUGAAGGUCCAAGAAUUAUCGAGUCCGCCCAGAGCGAGUACGGUGGUAAAAGACUGCGUAAAAGCUUGUUUACGUUCGACGUACCAAUUCUUAUUCGCUAACUGCCACGAUAUAUUUAGUAGAGAGUAUCAAGCCGAUCCCAACGAUACGAAAAGGGACGGCGAAGAUAAUGGUCCAAGACUGGAUAGUUUAGACUUUUGGCACAAACUGAUCGCGUUGAUCGUCACUGUCAUCGACGAAGACCGCAACAGCUACGCUCCGGUCUUAAAUCAAUUUCCCCAAGAACUGAAUAUAGGACAGCUGUCAGCGUCAACGAUGUGGGGAUUUUUCGCGGUCGAUAUGAAAUACGCGCUGGAAGAACACGAAACGCACAGGUUAUGUAAAUCAUCGGCUUACAUGAAUUUGCACUUCAAAGUGAAAUGGCUUUACGCAAAUUACGUCAAAGAUGCUCCACCGUAUAAAGAUUCCGUACCCGAAUAUCCGUCCUGGUUCGAACCUUUCGUUAUGCAAUGGCUGAAUGAAAACGACGAUGUAUCGUUGGAGUAUCUUCACGGUGCCUUCAAUAGAGAUAAGAAAGAUGGCUUCCAAAGGAGCUCCGAGCAUGCCUUGUUCUCUAACUCUGUGGUCGACGUGUUUACUCAGUUGACCCAGUGUUUCGAUGUCGUCUCGAAGCUCGAAUGUCCCGAUCCUGAGAUUUGGAAGAGGUACAUGAAACGAUUCGCCAAGACAAUUGUCAAGGUGCUGGUUGCCUAUGUGAAUAUCGUCAAGGAAGAGUUUCCUCAAGUCGUACAAGAUGAACGUAUUGCUUGCAUAUUGAUGAAUAACAUUCAACAACUUCGAGUACAGCUAGAAAAGAUGUUCGAAUCGAUGGGUGGUAAUAAACUGGAAGAAGAUGCCGCCAACAUACUGAAUGACCUGCAACAACAAUUAGCAGUCGCUAUGGACCAAUUAGCAGUUCAAUUUGCUCGAAGCUUGGAGCCUCGAAUUACGCUGAGAGUGAAAGAAGUAGGCGAUUUGUUGUUAUCGCUAAAAGGCGGUGCGCAAGUGACAUUGAAUCAACCUGCUGCCCGAAGUCAAAUUGCAGCAGACGCAGACGACGUCCUUCAACCAUUGAUGGACUUACUCGAUGGUUCGCUGUCGUUAUACGCUCAAACGUGCGAAAAGACUGUAUUGAAAAGACUGCUCAAGGAGCUUUGGAAAAUCGUUAUGCGUAAUUUAGAAAAACAAGUGGUGCUGCCGCCGAUGAUAGAUAAAAAUAUGAUACUAAAGAAUAUCACCGAUAAUGCGAAGAGUUUAGCCACCAGUGCGAAAAUCGAAGACAUGUCGAGAAUAUUCAAAAGUCACAUCGCCGCUAAACAAGACGUCAAAAAUGUACUCAGCGGUGUGAUGGAAGUGGAGAAGAACUUGACACCGAGACAAUGCGCGGUUGUAGACGCCGCCUUGGAUACAAUCAAAACAUACUUCCACGCUGGUGGAAACGGUCUGAAGAAGACUUUCUUAGAUAAGAGUCCUGAAUUGCAAUCGUUACGUUAUGCGCUUUCACUUUACACUCAAACAACGGACACGUUGAUAAAAACUUUCGUACAUACUCAAUCGAACAGAGUUACUCCACCACCUCGAAAGGAUGAAAGCACCCUGGGAGAGGUAUCCAUACAAGCAGACUUAUUCACUCAUCCUGGUACAGGCGAACAUAAAGUCACUGUUAAAGUCGUCGCUGCUUGUGAUUUGAAAUGGACAACAACCGGUAUGUUCCGACCUUUCGUCGAGGUUCACUUGAUCGGUCCUCAUUUAGCUGAUAAAAAACGUAAACAAGCCACCAAAUCUAAAUCUAACAAUUGGUCGCCCAAUUUCAACGAAACUUUUCACUUCAUUAUCGGCAAUGAGGAACAGCUGGAAUACUUCGAAUUACAUUUUUGCGUCAAGGAUUAUUGUUUCGCUCGUGACGAUCGUUUAGUCGGCUUGACCGUGUUACCGUUGAGAAAUUUCAUCGCGCAGGGUUCGUGCGCUGGUUGGUAUCCGCUAGUUAGACGAAUACAGAUGGAUGAGACUGGAUGGACCAUCUUAAGGAUAUUAUCUCAAAGAACAAACGACGAAGUAGCCAAAGAAUUCGUCAAAUUGAAAUCGGACUAUCGUCAAGAUGAACCAACAAACAUAUCAUAAAUAUGUUCAUUUGUUUUAAAAACCGAGUCAAAAACAUUACCAAUAAUACAACCGUUAUAUUUUACCUAUAUAUUCGCUCUUAACAGGGGUAUUAACCUACCUUCCAUCAUUAAUUGAUACCUACCUAUACGUAUAAUAUUUUUUAAAACCAUUAUUAUUGCAUUCGGGUCUUCCAAUGACAUUUACAAAAAUAUAAAAGAGAGAACAUUCUGCAAGUAAAACCCAUUCAUAUCAAUGGAAAACGUAACGUAUAUUUUCAUUUUUUAAUAAAAAAUAAUCUAAAAGGAGUGUUAUCGCAAAUGAAAAAGCGAGCCUUGUUGUGUUCAUAUUUUCGUACAUUAUAGUCCUAUAAUAAAUACGAUUCUUUUCAAAAGAAUUACGUCAUCUAUGAAAAAUGCUUCGCCGGCUAGUAUUUUUUUUUCUAUAAAUAUUAACUUUUUUUUUUCAUGUAAGUUUUCUAUUUUUAUUUUGAUUUUCAUUUCUCUAUAAUCGUGAUCACAGUAUUGUUAACGUUUUUUUUCCCAUCUGUAAAAAUUCUCUUUUAUCGCCGAAUGUGUAAAUAAUUUUUUAUCUUGUAAUUUUAUCUUUCUUUUUACGUGUAUAAAUAUUUUGAAAAUUGAUUUCGAGAGGAACUGAGUACGCUUAAUACAAUGAAAUUUACUGGGGUUGAAUUUUAUCUCUCAUUUUAUUUUACUUUUUUUUUCCUUUUUAAGUUGUCGUGGAAGAGCUACAUUACACAUUUACGUUGGUUUUGUGUCUACUGUUUUUUUUUGUAUAAAUGAAUACUCGAGUAUUUACAAAAGAUGAAAUACGAGUCGGAUGUUGAAAAAAUUACCUACCGUUAUUAUUGGUUACCAUACUGGGGAAUAAAAAUGCAUAUCAGACGAAAAAAUUUAACUAACGAUUAGAUUUCGAUUUAAAAAAAAAAAGUUCCUAAUUGUAAAAUCAUCAUUCCAUAUUACACACGUUGGGCUGUACCAUAAAAAAUACAAGUAGAAUGAGAUGACUAAUCUAGAAGUUCUUUUUAUAAAAAAAAGAAAAAAAUACGAGUAUUUUAGGAAACCCAUAUGUACUUCUAAUUACCUAAUACGUACAAUCUCUCAAGUCGAAUGUAACAAACUUAAUAAGUCUAUAGAUAUUAUCAUUAAAAAACGAUUUCAUUUUCAUUUGUAUUUUUCCAUUCUUUUCGGCUUUUCAUUAUUUAUUUUUAAACUGGUUACCAAUGUGCCAAUAUAAUAUUUUUACGAA